CACCGACAGCCAGCAACUACCUCGGGUUGCGUCCGUCUGUGCCCCGUCAAUCGAGUAACCCAUCGUCGAGGCGUCACAUCGUCACCACUGUGACUAUGCUUCGACCCGCGGCCCUCGCCCGGCCGGCUCGUCUCUCGAGCCGGAUCCUCAACAGCCGCACCGCCGCAGCCUCCGCCGCACGCCGCACGCUCUUCACGCAGCGCCAGUCCACGCGUGCGACCCAAGACUUCGACCUCAACAAGCUCAACGCGAAGCGCCGCGACUACGAGCAGAACCGCACGGCGUUCCUCGCGGCGGGCGCCGUCGCCGGCAUAGUCUCGUUCGUCUACACGGCGUGGAAGCUCAAGAAGGCCCUCGAGGCCGAGCGGGAAAAGGAAAGCAGCCUAUCCGUCAAGUGCGACGCCCCGCCGUCCGUGCCGACCGAGACCUUCAAGACCGAGGCCGGCGAGCGGCGCAAGGUUGUGGUGCACGAUGAAGAAGGCCGCGAGCUUGUGCCCACGGGUGACUCGACGGUCCCGGCUUUCCCGCGCCUCAUCGACGUCGACGUCCCGGCGUCGCAGAACAACGGCCCCGUUGCCACCUCCCUUAUCGACCAGGACGGCGUCGAAUUCACGCUCGUGGGGCUCGGCAUGCGGUCGGUGACCUUUAUCGGUCUGCAGGUCUACCUCGUGGGCUUCUACGUGGCGACGCAGGACGUGGCUCGCCUGCAGCACUAUCUCGUCAAGAAGAUCAACCCGGUCGCCACUACGCUUAUCCCCUCGGAGAAGCAGGACCUGCGUAAGGCGCUGUUGGACGCUACUGAAGGCGAGGAGACGUGGGACGCGAUCUUGCGCGAGGCAGGCUGUCGCAGCGUCUUCCGCCUCACGCCCGUCCGCGACACCGACUUCCACCACCUGCGCGACGGCUUUGUGCGGGCCAUACAGGCGCGCUCGCUGCGGAGCGCGGCAUACAACGAUGAGGCCUUUGGCGCCGCCAUGAAGGAGUUCAAGGGCUUGUUCAACCGCGGGUCGGUCCCCAAGAAGAAGGAGCUGCUCCUGUAUCGCGACGCCGACGGCGCGCUAUCCGUCCUUUACGGUGACGGCACGACCAAGAAUAAGGACGGCAAGAGGGACCGUAUGGGCGGCGUGGCUGACGAGCGCGUCUCGCGGUUGCUGUGGCUCAACUACCUGGCAGGGAAGAAUGUCGCAUCCGAGGGCGCGCGGCAAAACAUCAUUGACGGAGUCAUGGAGUUCGUGGAGCGACCAGUGGGCACCGUUGCAACGCAGGUCGUAUAGAUCCUCUCGCAGGUCUUGUAGGAAUAGGCACCUCGUGUCAUGUGUACCACGUUGCGCCCACGACGUCAUGUACGCUUAGAUGGAGAAGCGACUCCAGGGUAUUAAAGUCAAACACGGCUCUGUUGUUUGACGAGUGUUGUCAUCGCACCACAGACUUUGUUUCAAACACUGCCCGCGUCUAUAUACAUGCGUCUAGUGUGUCGCCUUUCAUCCUAC